AUGUCUUCAGCUCAGCAACGCCUGAACCAGGUUUCCUCCCACUUCGGCCCUGCCGGCAAGAAGGGGGCCGCCUCCAUCACCGAAAAACACCCCGAUGAUAUUGUCGUGACAUGUGCUCUGCGAACUGCCCUGACCAAGGGUGGCAAGGGUAGCUUCAAGGAUACCGCUGCUGCUGACCUGCUUGCCGGUGUCUUCAAGGCCGUCAUCAAAAAGUCCGGAAUCGACCCCAAGGUCGUCGAGGAUGUCGCCGUUGGCUCCGUCCUGCCCCCCGGUGGUGGUGCUACCGAGUUCCGUGCUGCCGCCCUCGUGGCUGGCUUCCCCGAGUCUACCGCUGUCAAGGCCCUGAACCGUCAGUGCUCCAGCGGUCUGCAGGCCAUCGUUGACAUUGCCAACGCUGUGCAGUCCGGCAUGAUCGAUGUUGGUAUCGGCGCUGGUGUUGAGAGCAUGUCUUCCCAGUACGGCCCUGGUGCCGUGACCGAGUUCUCUGAGCUUCUCGAGAACCACCCCGAGUCCGCCAACUGCAAGGUCCCCAUGGGUGUUCUAUCCGAGGAUAUGGCCAAGGACCGUGGCAUCUCUCGUGCUUCCCAGGAUGCUUUCGCCGCUGCCUCAUACCAGAAGGCCCUCAAGGCCCAAAAGGCUGGCCUCUUUGACGAGGAGAUUGCUCCUCUCGAGGUCAAGUGGACCGACCCCAAAUCCGGCGAGGAGAAGACCAUCACCGUCAAGGCUGAUGACGGUAUCCGUGAUGGCAUUACCGCCGAGUCCCUGGGCAAGAUCCGCCCUGCCUUUGCCAAGGAUGGCUCCAUCCACGCCGGUAACGCCUCCCAGAUCUCCGACGGCGCCGCCGCUGUCCUGCUCAUGAAGCGCUCUACUGCCGAGCGUCUGGGCCAGAAGAUCAUCGGAAAGUACGUUUCCGCCAGCAUUGUCGGCGUCAAGCCCCUGCUCAUGGGUGUUGGCCCCUGGAAGGCCAUCCCCGUUGCCCUUGAGAAGGCCGGCAUCACCAAGGACGAUGUCGACAUCUACGAGAUCAACGAAGCCUUUGCUUCCCAGUGUGUGUGGUGUGUCAACGAGCUUGGCUUGCCCCAAGAAAAGGUCAACCCCAAGGGUGGUGCCAUCGCCUUCGGUCACCCUCUUGGCUGCACUGGCUCCCGCCAGGUUAGCACACUUCUGACCGAGCUCAAGCGGACCAACAAGAAGAUUGGUGUCACUAGCAUGUGCGUCGGUACCGGUAUGGGUAUGGCCGCGGUCUGGGUCGCCGAGUAA